AUGGUUAACGGACAAAUGCCUCCCAACAAAGGAUCGCCGUCUCGUCCUUUGCGACAGACGAAAAUCUCGGACAGCUUCCGCCCGGGUAAAUCUGGUGAAGGGUCUUUUACUAAGUCGUCAUUGCAGACUUCGACAGCAAAGGGGAAGGCCCCGGUUAGAUUCAAAGAAAUGUAUUUGGAAGAGGACCAGGAUGCUAUAUCUAUACCAUCCGAUAUUGAGAACGAUCCAGAAGAGGGUGUUCCCUAUCAUCUCGAUACCGAUAGGGACGGUGAUACACAAUUCGAAGAUGCAUUGGGAGAACCUGUCCUAGAUGAUGACGACGACGACCUCAGCGCUCCUGCCAAUGGGGUUCCUAGCUCAACUGUCAACCCCCAACAUCUCCCUGACGACGCCCCAUCAGACGAGUCCUCUGAAGGCCCCCGCAAAAUUGCUAGGACAAAAAAUAAUACUUCGCCUAGCAAGCAUUUGCUCGAUUCGCCUGCUGCCAUGAGCGUCUCGCACAUCCCUCCAUCUACAGAAUCAACCGUAGCGGACAAUAUCGCUUACCAGAACCCAGAUAUGAGAUCGAUGUCAUCGGCUGCUAAGGAGAGAUAUGCUCGACAAUGGGAUUUUGAUAGUGUUGACCCAGUUUCCUUCCCAGACUUAGGACCUUACCUCGAGAGACCCGUGCCGUCGCCUCCAGUUCUUAGGCCACAUGGCGCCGGUUCAUCGGCUUCGAGUUCCAAGGUCCCAUCUUUGGAUCCUGCUAACCCGUUGGGACCACGUUCUGGCGGAUCGACGAAUGGUAUACAUACCAACGGAUUACAAAAUGGUUCGCAUGCAGGGAGGGUCAUGUCAGAUGCGUCUUAUACCACGGCAUUACAAAGUCGCACCCUUCCAUUAGAAGGGAAAGCCGUUCCGAAUGGACUUUUGGCUCCUUCGACGCCGCAAAGAUAUACGGGGAUACCGGGAUCGCCAGGCAGUAGUAUGGCUGAUCAGCCGGUUGAUGUGACGGACGAAAUAUUUGCGGUACUGAAGCAUGCCGAUGCGCCAUUGGAUCCUAAUCUCUUCCAGGAUAUUAGAGAGAUAUUGAAGAAGUCGUUUGGGAAGCAAAGAGGGUAUUAUAUGAGCCGUGAGAUGGCUCGUAGGGAACGGGAUAGACUACGUUUUCAACUCGAGCAACAUCAAUAUCAGCAUAGUCACAAUGAGAACCGAGGAUCAUUAAUGCUGCCCCCAAUAACUCCAAACCAAUCCUUUAUCCCGGCAACUCAAUCCUUCCCCUCACCGUCGCAGUCCUUCGGUCCACCGCCAACGGAUUCCUUCGUCGGUCCACCGCCAUCGGAGUCUUUUGUACCAUCUACCCCGACUCCAAUCAGAAACGGAUCACAACUAUCUAAUACUAAAGAAGUGGCGAUGUUUCGAGCUCAGAAUGAAGGGUUGAGGAAUCUUGUCGACAAUCUCAGGAAAGAAUUGAAAAAUGCAAAGGAGAUGGCGGAUUUGCAUGAAAAGGGGUUGUCGGAGUACGGUAAUAAGAAUAAUCAGCUGCAUAAUCAAGUUACGAAACUUACUAGGGAGAUUAUGGAGUUGAAGGAGCAGAUUAGGAAGUUUUCUAGUGCAGACGGAGAGGGUUCUGGGAAGGCGAAGUGA